UAACCUCUCUCUCCAUCAAUCGCUAUUUCUCUCUCUCUAUCUCACUUAAUGCGGAAUCCGAUUAACACCGGAAUCCGCCAUGGAAGAUGAAUAAGCUCCGAUCUCUCCGCUGCCUCCUCCCCGAGACCAUAACCUCCGCCGCCGCAUCGAACCGAGGAUCCGUCGCCGGGUACUACGGUAGCCAAGUCCUUCCAUGGCGGCACCAGAUCCUGGACCCGGACAGCAACAUCGUCACCUACUGGAACCACAUCUUCCUCGUCACCUCCAUCCUCGCCCUCUUCCUCGAUCCUUUCUAUUUCUACGCUCCUUACGUCGGCGGCCCCGCGUGCCUCUCCGUCGACGUCGGCCUCGCCGCCACGGUCACCUUCUUCCGCUCCGUGGCCGAUAUCUUCCACCUCCUCCACAUCUUCAUGAAGUUCAGAACGGCCUUCGUCGCGCGGAGCUCUAGAGUUUUUGGACGCGGCGAGCUCGUCAGGGAUCCGAGGGAGAUCGCUAUGAAGUACUUGAAGAGCGAUUUCAUCGUCGAUGUGGCUGCCAUGCUUCCUCUCCCCCAGCUUGUAAUAUGGCUAGUAAUUCCAGCCGCAACCAACGGGACUGCUAAUCAUGCAAAUAGCACUCUCGCCCUUAUCGUUCUCGUUCAGUACAUUCCAAGAUCAUUCAUUAUAUUCCCACUUAACCAAAGGAUUAUAAAAACAACCGGGUUCAUCGCCAAGACUGCAUGGGCAGGAGCUGCGUACAACCUCCUCCUCUACAUACUCGCCAGUCACGUGUUGGGAGCAAUGUGGUAUCUAUCAUCAAUUGGGCGGCAGUUCUCGUGUUGGUCCAAGGUAUGCGAGAAAGAUCACGCCCUGAGAGUUCUUGAUUGUCUCCCUAGCUUCUUGGACUGCAAGAGUCUAGAGCAACCUGAGCGCCAGUAUUGGCAGAACGUCACUCAGGUCCUUUCUCAUUGUGAUGCUACAAGCAGCACCACAAAUUUCAAGUUUGGCAUGUUUGCUGAAGCCUUUACCACUCAAGUCGCUACCACGGAUUUCGUGUCCAAGUACUUAUAUUGUCUUUGGUGGGGUUUAAGAAAUCUAAGUUCUUAUGGCCAGAAUAUAACCACAAGUGUAUAUCUUGGCGAGACCCUGUUCUGUAUUACAAUUUGUAUUUUUGGGUUGAUUCUCUUCACACUCCUGAUCGGUAACAUGCAAACAUCUUUACAAUCGAUGUCUGUAAGAGUUGAGGAAUGGAGAGUUAAGAGACGAGACACUGAAGAAUGGAUGAGACAUCGUCAACUACCUCCAGAGCUUCAAGAGCGUGUCCGUAGAUUCGUUCAAUACAAGUGGCUUGCAACCAGAGGCGUCGAUGAAGAAUCAAUCCUCCAGUCUUUACCUACUGACCUACGCCGCGAAAUCCAACGCCAUCUCUGUCUCGCUCUUGUCCGCAGGGUCCCGUUCUUCUCUCAAAUGGAUGACCAACUUCUUGACGCUAUAUGCGGAUGCCUUGUCUCAUCUUUGAGCACGGCAGGGACCUACAUAUUCCGUGAAGGUGAUCCUGUUGAUGAGAUGCUCUUUGUGAUCAGAGGACAAAUAGAGAGCUCAACAACAAACGGAGGAAGAUCUGGUUUCUUUAACUCCACGACUCUAAGACCUGGUGAUUUCUGUGGCGAAGAGCUUCUUACAUGGGCCUUAAUGCCAAACUCUACGCUUAAUUUUCCGUCUUCAACCCGAAGCGUCCGUGCGCUCUCUGAGGUUGAAGCUUUUGCCUUAAGCGCAGAGGAUCUCAAGUUUGUUGCUCAUCAGUUCAAACGUCUUCAAAGCAAAAAGCUGCAACAUGCUUUCAGGUACUACUCACAUCAGUGGCGUGCAUGGGGAGCUUGUUUUGUGCAAUCCGCAUGGAGACGUUACAAGCGAAGAAAGCUCGCGAAAGAGCUCAGCUUGCAUGAGAGUAGCGGGUACUAUUACACAGAUGAGACAGGCUACAACGAAGAAGAAAACAGAGAAUACUACUAUGGAAGCGACGAUGAUGAUUUUGAAGGUGAGAGACUAUCUGCGGACAACACAAACAACAGCCAAAACUUUGGAGCAACAAUGUUGGCGUCUAAAUUCGCAGCAAACACGAGAAGAGGCACACAUCAAAAGGCUUCGAGUAGUAGUAGUGGUGGUAAGAAAGAUGGAUCUUCGAAUAGUUUGAAAAUGCCUCAACUAUUCAAACCAGAUGAGCCUGAUUUCUCAAUGGAUAAAGAAGAUUAAAACUGUGACAUGUUUGAUUUUUUAGAUGGUGAAUAGUGUUAGGAAAUAAAAUUUCAACUUCUAAUAUUUUCGUUUUUUUUGUGUUGGUUUGAGAAUGUUAGAUAUAGCAAAAGAGUGUAGAGUAAAACAAAUACAAUGUUCUUAAACUGUCUUAAUGUUAUAUUAUAUGAUUUUUUCU